UCCCCGGAAGCUCUCGCAAACGCGACUUUGAGAGGCCGGAAGUCGCGCCGCCGUUGCUCGCAGUUUCAAAAAUGCUGCGGAGGCCUUAGGAGCUACUCUUGCCGCCCCUCCCCCAGCUCGGAGGGGAAGCGACUCGUGGCGCGACCGUAAGUUUGCUGACUGCAGAGUCUUCACUGCCAAAAUGACAUCACAUUCCACAUCUGCCCAGUGCUCAACAUCUGACAGUGCUUGCAGAAUAUCUUCAGAAAGAAUCAGUCAGCAGGUACGACCAAAACUGCCACUUCUGAAGAUUUUGCAGGCUGCAGGUGCUCAAGGGGAAGUAUUCACUAUGAAAGAGGUAAUGCACUUUCUAGGCCAGUAUAUAAUGGUGAAGCAACUCUAUGAUCAACAGCAGCAACAUAUGGUAUAUUGUGGUGGAGAUCUUUUAGGAGAUCUGCUUGGACGUCAGAGCUUUUCUGUGAAAGAUCCAAGCCCGCUCUAUGAUAUGUUGAGAAAGAAUCUUGUCACAUCAGCCUCCGUUAACACAGAUGCUGCUCAGACUCUCGCUCUCGCACAGGAUCACAGUAUGGAUAUUCCAAGUCAAGACCGACUGAAGCACAGUGCAUCAGAAUGCUCCAAUUCCAGAAAAAGAACUGCAGAAGAUGAUACUCAUACACUGCCUACCUCACAAUGUAAAAGCAGAGAUUCUAAAGGAGAUGAAGAUUUAAUAGAACAUUUAACUCAAGAUGAGACAUCUAGGCUAGACCUUGACUUUGAAGAGUGGGAUAUUGCUGGCCUGCCAUGGUGGUUUUUAGGGAACUUGAGAAACAACUAUGUACCUAGAAGUAAUGGCUCUACGGAUUUACAGACAAAUCAGGAUAUAGGUACUGCCAUUGUUUCAGACACUACGGAUGAUUUGUGGUUUUUAAAUGAGUCGGUGUCAGAGCAAUUAGGUGUUGGAAUAAAAGUUGAAGCUGCUAAUUCCGAGCAGACGAGUGAAGUGGGGAAAGCACGUGACACAAAGGUGAUUGAUGUGGGAAAAGAUGAUGAUCUUGAGGACCCUAAGUCCUUGAGUGAUGAUACCGAUGUGGAACUUACCUCUGAGGAUGAGUGGCAGUGUACAGAGUGCAAGAAAUUUAAUUCUCCAAGCAAGAGGUAUUGUUUUCGUUGCUGGGCCUUAAGAAAGGAUUGGUAUUCGGAUUGUUCUAAAUUAACUCAUUCUCUCUCCACAUCUAAUAUCACUGCCAUGCAUGAAAAGAAAGAGAAUGAAGGAAUCGAUGUCCCCGAUUGCCGGAGAACUGUUUCAGCUCCAGUUGUCAGGCCUAAAGAUGUGUAUUUAAAGGAAGAGAAUACCAAGUUUAACCCUUGUAACUCAGUGGAGUUUUUGGAUUUGGCUCAUAGUUCUGAAAGCCAAGAGACCAUCUCAAGUGUGAGAGAACAAGCAGAUAUCCUUUCUGAACAGAAAACAGAUACAGAAAGUAUGGAAGAUUUUAAAAAUAUCUUGAAGCCAUGUAGUUUAUGUGAAAAAAGGCCUCGGGAUGGGAACAUUAUUCAUGGGAGGACGAGCCAUUUGACGACGUGUUUCCAAUGUGCCAGAAGACUAAAGAAGGCUGGAGCUUCAUGUCCUUCUUGUAAGAAAGAGAUUCAGUUGGUUAUUAAAGUUUUUAUAGCAUAGCUGAGUCAGUUGCAGAGAAAUAUUAGGAUCAGGUCAUUUCUCAAAAAACCAGUAUUCUUGGAGGCAGGAGCAGAAGAUCACCUAUUUUGAUGCCAGUCUGGGCCAUAUAGUGAGACUGUUUUUAAAAGAGUCAGUAUUGAGCAUCUUUCAUGAGUGUGACCCAUUGUAUAUGCUUAUUUAUAGAAUUUUAGAAGAUCAGUUUGAGGGUUUCAUUAACAUUAGAUACUUAAAUCACUUUGUUCUCCUUCCAAAUCUUAAAUCUUGAGUGGAAAUAAUACCAACACAAACAUAACAAUGCAUUCUUUUAUUUCCUGCCGAGAGUAAUGCAUUAGUUGGUUUAUACUCUACCCUGCUGUUAUAUAAUGUUCUCGGGACAUCAAAAUCUAAGGUAGUUAUUAGAAAAAUACUAGGACCAACACUGAAGAAACAAAUCUGAUUAGUCACUGUAGCCAAGGACGGCCUUCUACUCCUGACCAUCUGUGUCUCUCCCACCUGUGUGCUGUGCUUACAGGCUGUCCCAUCAUGCCUAGCAGAAUCUCUCAGGUUUACAUAAAAUGACAGGAGUGAACAUCUCCGCACAGCCUUCUCAAAGAGAAGGUAUAGGCUUUGUAGCCAACACUUGGCAGUUGUCUCCUGGAAGCUGGUUAGGUGUUUUUGUACUUUGUCUCUAGAAUUGUUCACACUCCGAGGCAAUGGCCAGUGAUAGGGUUGAACAAGUGGAGAGAAGAGGGAGUGUUGGAUUUGUGAAAAUGGAGGGAAACAAAUUGAUCUUCAAUUUUGUUUAGUCAUUUUAGACCACAUCAAUUUAGUAUACAAACCGAAGAUCUUCACAUUGAAGCCCUUUUACCUAUCUGUGUCUGCCGAACCCAUGGGAUAGAUCUUGGUGUUUCCCCGGGAAUAUGAAUACCUCAUUUUAAAGACCAAGUCUGUAUAACUAUUGAACUUGGGGGACAUCUAACUGUCCCAGCCUUUCCAAUGGCUCCUGCUCUUAGAAAUGGGGAGAUAUAUGGUAACUAAUCCCAUGAUGUGCCUAUUGGACCAAGACCAUUGCGGCUUCUAUAAUUACUACUAAGGGGAGGUAUAUUAGCAUGUGUUUUUGCGUUGACUCUGUGUUCCCUGUCUGCCCCACUGCCCUCCCACUAGACCUGACUGCACCAAAUGCCUAUUGGGUUAAUUGUCAUAGUUACUCCUUUUUUCUUUCUUUUUUCUCCCAAUUUUUUCCGUAGUUACUCUUCAAUUGUGACAAAACACCAAGGCAUAAAAGCAUUUAAUUGGGCUUGCCUUUCGAGAAGGUUAGAAUCCAUGAUGGCAGAAAACUGAUUGCUCACAUCUUUUUUUUUUUGUUUUUGUUUUUUUUGUUUUUUUCGA